GCCCUUCAACCACUGGCACGGCCAGUAUCCUUGUCAAGAUCUCAGCCUCGUUCUGCCGAGUUUUGCUGGGGCAAUUCCGAACUUGGCGACAUCGAGGCCCCGCAACCCGCAUCCUUCUCCACGGAAUCAUUCAGGCCCUGCAUGCUGCAUGGGUAUUUGCCGCCUUUCGGCAUUUAUUACAUUAUUGUACCAUUUGUACACUUCCGAGUACUAUAAUGUGGGGAACCAUGUGUUAAUGAAGUACGGUAGGACCUCCGAAGCCGGUUGAGUCCAAGCUGUCACGAUGAUAGAGGAGGAGGAGGAGGAGUAUAUAUUGUUUGUUACGGACCACUCGUUAAUUGAAGGACAGUCCCCUCGAUCUGAGAAAAGAAACUGUUUUCGUUGGACUCCUCGACUCGCAAACCACUUGAAAGCUCCAACAAUUUCAACUCGACACGUCGGUGUUGAUAAGUUUGCUCAGCAAUUAAUACCAAUCUGAGUGUUUACUUGCUACACGAGUCUUUUUCACCUGUGAACAACAAGGACGUCAACGGAAUCGAAUUGCAUUGAAUUGCAUCGGCGCAGUGUCUCUUCUUUGGUCAUUCAGUCAGCCAUCUCAUCUAUUGUCCGUCGCCAGAGUAUACAUACAUACAGGAAGGGACAAUUACGCGGCCAGCGUCAAAAACCAGCCGCGUUGCUACCCAGCGAGCGACAACACCACCCCCUCCCACCCAGUACAGUGCCUGCCGAUCAAGGUACCAACCAUCAUGGCAUCAUCAUCAGAACCCCAAUCUCAAUCAGGCCCUGAAUCUCAUUCUCAUUCUCAACCUCAAUCAUCCAACCCAUCCCCCUUUCCCCACGGCGUCUUCCUCCCCAACGGCAACCACACCGACCCACCCCUCCCUCCCACCGACGCCACAAUAGGCUACAAGCUAAACCACAUGAUGCUACGGAUCCGCGACCCCAGCGCCAGCUUACACUUCUACAUCACCCUCAUGGGAAUGCGCACGGUAUUCACCAUGAACGUCGGCCCCUUCACCAUCUACUACCUAGGCUACCCACAGACCGACGCCCAUCGCAGUAACUUACCUCUGUUCGGCGCCGAAACCGCCGCCAACCUGCAACACACACUAGGUCUGCUCGAACUGUACCAUGUGCAUGGUUCGGAAACUCAAGACAAGGACCACUAUGCCACGGGGACGGGGAAUGUGCCGCCCCACUUGGGAUUCGGACACUUGGGGUUCACGGUCCCUGAUGUCCCGAAAGCGCUGGAUCGAUUGAAAAGUCACGGCGUGCCAGUCCUCAAAGAUUCGGGCGUUGCUACGCGUGAAUCGAUUCCGAUUUCGGAUUGGGAAAAUCAAAGGGGUGUCGGGGUCGAAGUUAGGGGCACGGAUACGGAGAUUCAUCCCGAGUAUAAGAAGGUUUUUGAGAAGAUUGCUUUUGUGAGGGAUCCGGAUGGGUAUAUCGUCGAACUUGUGCCGCAAAAUGUCGACCCGCUCGAUCCGUAAUCUGUCAACGAUACUCGAAUAUUUUCGGCCGGAUGCAAGUGCAAGCCUGGGUACUACAGUAUUUUAUCCGACUCGCAGAUGCACGACUCAGGGCAGCGCGAUGGGAGAAUCCGGACUGAUUUUUUCCACGCUUAGAAGCUACUCACUGCCAAACUACGAUGGGCGGAGGUGCCGGGGAUAAGGCUGCCUGGUGUCAUAUCUGUCUUGGCUUAGAAACGUGCGGACCUACAGAGUACAGUGUUCUCUGCUUAUUCGAAAACUAUUCAUGUCCAUCUAGGCGUGGUGGCAACACAAUCAGGAAAAGGGUAGGGAAAUAGGCUCAUGAUUGAUCCAGCAAUGAUAAGCUGUAAAUGGAAUGCCUUUGGUUAGAGUCUCCUGACAGCAAAUAAUUCAAGCUCGCGUUCAUCAUGCAAGAUCCUCGGUCGGUUGAGUUUAUCAACUUUUAGAGCCAUUAGUAUCAUUCCUCAUACAAGCGUAUACGUCUUCACUCA